GAUAACUAUAAAUAGAAUAACAAAACAGACGAAAACGUAGUUGACAUGAUUACAGUUGUGAUAGAGUUUUUGUGUUAAUGACCAGGGAAAAGGAAUAUCUUUUCAGUAUAUCGUACAGGUUUUAGAUAAUGGCUACAGGUGGCAGACCUAGAGAUAUUUUAAUGGUGGCGGCCAUUGAUUUUGGAACCACAUAUUCCGGAUACGCUUACUCCAUGAAAGGCGAAUAUGAUAGGGAUAAACUGAAUAUACAUGCGAACACAGCAUGGAAUUCUGGGACAAGUACCGUCAUGUCCCUAAAAGCUCCAACAUGCAUUCUUUUGAGAAAGGAGACUAAAGAAUUGGUAGCAUUUGGUUAUGAUGCGGAAAAUGAGUACGCUAAUAUUGCCUCGGCAGGAAGGGUUGACGAUUAUUAUUAUUUUGAAAGAUUUAAAAUGGUUCUUUACACACGUGAGGAUAUAUCCAGGGAAAUGGAAAUCGAUGAUAUCAGAGGGGCAUCUUUUCCCGCCAUAGAUGUAUUUGCAGCCUCAAUCGGGGCUUUAAGAGAACAUAUGAUGGGUCAUGUGGAGAGACAAGGUUUAAAUCUACAGCCAGACGAGAUAAAAUGGGUUCUAACAGUACCGGCCAUGUGGACGGAUAAGGCGAAAGAGUUCAUGAGAGAAAGUGCUGAAAAGGCGGGUAUUAGAAGAGACCGAUUAAUGAUCGCAUUGGAACCAGAGGCUGCAUCUAUAUACUGUCAGCAUCUACCUCCUGAUAAAAUGACAGGGGCCACCGAGGGAUUUUCUGUAGCAGAUGAUGAUACCAAAUAUUUAGUAGUAGAUAUAGGAGGAGGUACCGUCGAUAUAACUGCUCAUCAUAAGGUGUGUCAGGACAAUUUACAAGAACUUUGUUCAGCCUCUGGGGGAGCUUGUGGUGGGACCACCGUUGACAAAGAAUUCCUAAACUUUCUAGAAAAUAUUGUUGGAGAGAGGGUCAUGGAGUCAUUAGCAAAUGACAACUCCGCCAGCUACCUUGAUUUGGUGAGGGAAUUUGAAAUACUAAAGAGAUCAAUAAGUGUACCAACCAAAAAGAAGAUAAACUUUACGAUAAAGCCGUUUGCAGACUUGAAUGGUCUUUGCUUGCGUUUCUUGGAAAAAGAAUUUAAAGACGUGAUUGAUGGCUCCGAAUAUCGUGAUAAGAUCUCGUUAGUAGGAGAUAAGAUGAGAAUGGACGGAGAUUUAAUAAGAUCACUUUUUGAUACUGCAUGUUCGCACAUUGUACAAGAAAUACGCAAAGUCUUAAAAAAGAUACCCACUACAAAUUUGAAAACUUUUCUUCUUGUUGGUGGGUUUUCAGAAUGUUUAAUUGUACAAGAUGCAAUUCAGCAAGCAUUCCCUGACGUACGUAUUUUGAUCCCACGAGAAGAUCCCGGACUAGCGGUUGCCAAAGGUGCAGUUCUGUUUGGUCAUAAGCCUGAUUUUAUAACAUCACGUAUUACAAGAUGCACAUAUGGUAGACGGAUACGUCCAUUAUUUGACGAGUCGAAGCAUGAUCCGAGUAAACGUGUGUAUGGAGAAACUGGGGACCGUUGCAGAGAUGUAUUUGAAACGUUUAUGCAAAAGAAUAAGAGAGUACCAGUAGAUGAGAUUGUGAAUGUCGAGUAUCAUACAGUGAUGAGUAGCCAGGGGUCAGUUAGUGUUGCUAUCUACUAUACCUUAAAAGACAAUGCUAGUUAUGUCGACGACAACGGUUGUAAAAAGCUGGGCGAAUUUCGCGUUCCUAUUCCAAGUCCGUCCGCGGAAAGGCGUCAUGUGGAUGUGCAAUUUAAAUUCGGAUGGACAGAAUUAGAAGUGAUAGCAACGGAGAGACAGACGGGAGAGAGAACCCGUUACAACUUUUCUUUGAUAAAUUAAAUGUUUUAAAUCAUCA